UGCAGGACUGAGGAUGACCUCGUGUGCGAGGAAGGAGAGAGAAAUCAAACGUAUCAUAUCAUAUGAUAUUCAGCCAUGUUUUUUUGACAGCACCACGGCCGUCAGCACGCCGUUAUUCGUCGAGGUCUGUUAGUGUUGUGUCCACUGUCCAGUAGAGCUGUAUCAUAUAGAAACGCAGGGAUGCUGAGGCCCGCGUGUGGAAUGCGCGCGUUGUACAGAGCGACAGAGCAGCUUGGAUACAGAGCGUCACAGAGAGCGUGAACGCGCAUAAGACAGAGAGGGGGCGAGAGAGAUGGGCAUUGGGCAAUCAAAAACCUCACAGCAUCUCUUUCAUGGCAAAAGCUCCCGGAAUCACGGGGAACCGACAGCGGAGCCGGUGAGCGCUAUGACCACCUCCAGUAGCCGGAGUCAGACGCUCGAGAUGCCGAUAGAUUAAACUCGAGACUUAAGUGCUAAAGUCAACGCGUUAAAUCGGCGUUUGUUGCCGGAAAACCGAAAUAAAUCACGUCAAAUACGUUUAAAUGGAAAGAGAGAGUUGUUUAGACUCAUGCAGGGGGAAAACAAGUCAUAGAAGUGAAUUCGUUUUUGUCGUUUAAUUUUCCCCAUUUGCUCUAUGAUGACAGAAGCUGGCGGUCGUUUCCAAACAAGCUUUUCAACGGACAAAUCCAACUAGACUUCAUUUACGUAGACGUUCUGUUGAUCGAGCGGCGUGCGUACAAGAUUUCUCACUUUUAAGAUCGUUUCACCUGAAUCUGUUUUAUCUGGGGGUUGUCGGGAGAAACCGUGAAACAUUUCCUGCUGUUGUCGGGCAGCGGAGAAUCUUUUGGCUUAUUCCGAGCUCAGGAUGAUGGAAUUGCGCUGAGCAACGACUGAGAAAACGAGGAAAUACCCACACAUCUCCUAUAUAGCCUACAGACGUCGGAUUUCUGACUGCUACUCAUUCCCAGAUCAAUGGAAGUAUAAGGGGGACAGAGAAAUGAGAUAAAGUGGGGGGAGGAGGUACCGACAGGUUGUGAACGUCUUUUGACCUGACCGUCAGCAGCUCUGCUAUCAGGAUCUGCAAUCAUCUGCGUGACCUUUUUAACUGACCCCAUGAGGACGGCUGAGGGAGAUGGAACGUAACAGACUUUUCUUCUUUACUUACUGCGGCAUUACCACGAUAACCCUCCAGGGCUGAGCACAACCUCUGCCCCUCAUCCACCCCAACCCUUCCACAGUCCCCCCAUUCCUGUCCUCCCUCUUGCUCCCUGAAAGACCAAAACAAGCCAGCAGGAUCACUUUUUCCUCUUUUGUUAUAAUAGUUUUAAUUUCCUUUGUCCUUCACCCAUGAAAAAGCAAAGCAUAGGUCAAUAAACCAGCAAAGUGAAGAAGGAGAAAACAAGACAGUCAUGUAUCUGCCCCAUGCUUGUAAACGUGACUUGGGCCAUGCCCGCAAUUCGGAGGCCAUCCAUGCAAGUACUGUCCUCUGGUUGGCACUGUGGAUCACCUUGACAUCGUGUCAACGCAUUGAUCCCGGCGCUAAAUAUCCCACCGUCACCACAAACUACGGCAAGUUGCGUGGGAUUAAAAAAGAGCUUAACAACGAGAUUUUGGGUCCUGUGGAACAGUACCUUGGCGUCCCCUAUGCUACGGCGCCAAUCGGAGACCGUCGUUUUCAGCCACCUGAAGCUCCUGGGUCCUGGCAGGAAGUGCGGAACGCUACACAGUUCGCCCCUGUUUGCCCACAGAAUGUACAUGGUGUUUUGCCCGAGAUCAUGCUGCCUGUGUGGUUUACCGAUAACUUAGACGUGGCCGCCACCUACAUUCAGAAUCAGAGCGAAGACUGUCUCUACCUCAACAUCUAUGUGCCCACAGAGGAUGGUCCACUCACAAAAAAACAUGAUGAGUCAACACUGAACCGGCCACGAGAUGAAGACAUCCGUGACCGCAGGAAGAAACCAGUCAUGCUCUUCAUUCACGGCGGCUCUUAUAUGGAAGGAACCGGAAACAUGUUUGACGCCAGUGUUCUUGCGGCAUAUGGGAACGUCAUUGUAGUCACCAUGAACUAUAGGCUGGGAGUUCUGGGUUUUCUUAGCACAGGAGACCAGUCUGCUAAAGGGAACUAUGGUCUGCUGGAUCAAAUCCAGGCCUUGCGUUGGCUGAAAGAGAAUAUUGGACACUUCGGUGGUGACCCUGAAAGGAUCACUAUCUUUGGCUCUGGGGCUGGAGCAUCUUGUGUCAACCUACUCAUCCUGUCCCACCACUCUGAGGGCCUGUUUCAGAGAGCCAUUGCUCAGAGUGGUACAGCCAUCUCCAGCUGGUCCAUUAGCUACCAGCCCUUGAAGUACACUAAGAUUCUGGCCCGUAAAGUGGGAUGCACAUAUGGGGAGACCGCAGAAAUGGUGGACUGUCUCCGCAGGAAAAAUUUCAGAGAGUUAGUGGAUCAGGACAUCCAGCCGGCCCGCUACCAUAUUGCAUUUGGACCUGUGAUGGACGGAGAUGUUGUGCCAGAUGACCCCGAGAUCCUGAUGCAGCAGGGGGAGUUCUUGAACUACGAUCUUCUGAUUGGUGUAAAUCAAGGGGAGGGGUUGAAGUUUGUGGAUGAUGGGGGCACUGAGAGUGAAGAGGGCAUUUCAGCUGCAGCUUUUGACUACACCAUCUCCAACUUUGUCGAUAACCUCUAUGGAUACCCUAAAGGUAAAGACAUCCUGAGGGAGACUAUUAAGUUCAUGUACACAGACUGGGCAGACCGAGACAAUGGAGAGAUGCGGCGCAAGACUCUCCUGGCAUUAUUCACUGAUCACCAGUGGGUGGCGCCAGCCGUCGCUACUGCCAAGCUCCACGCGGAUUACCAGUCUCCCGUCUACUUCUACACCUUCUAUCACCACUGCCAGACUGAGACUCGACCCGAAUGGGCAGACGCUGCACACGGAGAUGAGAUCCCAUAUGUGUUUGGUGUGCCCAUGAUUGGAGCAACAGACCUCUUCCCUUGCAACUUUUCCAAAAAUGAUGUCAUGCUUAGCGCUGUGGUGAUGACAUACUGGACCAACUUUGCCAAGACCGGGGAUCCCAACUUGCCUGUUCCUCAGGACACCAAGUUCAUCCACACCAAGCCAAACCGCUUUGAGGAAGUGAUCUGGACCAAGUUCAACUCUAAAGACAAGCAGUAUCUCCACAUUGGCCUGAAGCCUCGCGUCCGGGACAACUACCGAGCAAAUAAGGUUGCCUUCUGGCUGGAACUGGUUCCUCACCUCCACAACCUUCACGAGGAGGUCUUCAGCACCGCCACAACCCGGCUGCCUCCAGGAACCGCCCGUACCCCACACAGGAAGGGACAGGUACCCCGUACGACACGCCAUCCCAUCCCAACCUUCCCUACAGAAUCAGACCCAGAUGGAUCAGAGCCCCCUCGAUUCCCUCCCUUCCCAGGCGACACCCGGGACUACUCAACGGAACUGAGUGUGACGGUAGCUGUUGGCGCAUCGCUCCUCUUCCUCAACAUCCUUGCCUUCGCCGCACUUUACUACAAACGUGACAAACGGCAUGAGAUGCGACGGCACCGCUUAUCCCCUCAACGAGGCAUCCCUGCUAAUGACUUAGCACACAGCCAAGAGGAAGAGAUCAUGUCCCUGCAAAUGAAGCACUCGGAGCACGACGCCCACCACGACAUGGAGCCAUUGCGACCCCAUGAUAUUUUACGCCCCGCAUGCCCACCCGACUACACACUGGCACUGAGGCGGGCGCCUGACGAUGUUCCACUCAUGACCCCUAAUACUAUCACCAUGAUUCCUAGCACCAUCACCGGCAUGCAACCCCUCCAUGCCUUCAACACAUUCCCUACAACCACCGGCCACAACAACACCUUACCCCACCCUCACUCCACCACCCGUGUAUAGUAGAGCCCCCAAACGAGAGGACUAGCUCUCAUCCCAAUCCAGUUUUCUCUCUCUGUCCACCUUUUCAAGCUCUUAAAUGUAAGAUGCUCUCAGUUCAGCUGCCUAGAGCAGUGACAAUGCAUCCUGUUGGCGUUCUCAUAGACACAGUCAAAGGUUUUGUAGAAGUUGUGCACACUAGAGGAACUCUGUUUAUGGACUCUACGGUGAGCAACAGAUUCGGUCGGCAGUGACUCGUAACUUGCUGUUUGUUUUUCCACAUUGUUCUUGAAGAAAUGGGGCGUCAGUGAUUGACAGUGAUGACAUUUUCCCACUUUUCUUCUUUCACUAAAUUGGCAAAGUGCAGAUUUCAUCCAUCCUUUUUGUCAUUCUCCUUUGUUGUUCCAUUACCGGCCUAUCACUCUCUGUCCGGAUGUGAUCUGUGUCCUUGGAUUAUGUUUUACAUGAAUCAUAGGGGCAUUCGAUUAAAUGACGGAAGCUGGAUAUGUUGUGUUUACCUGCAGUAUUAAAUCAUACCUUGUAACAAGAGACGAAUUGAGAGAAAAUGACAACGUCUGACAGAAGACGAAAUCAAAAGUGCCAGCCUCCUCUUUCACCUUUUUCUCUCGUUUGUGUCAUUUUAUCACGCUUAUUUGACUUGGCUCUGUGUUGUUUCCUAGGAAGAUUUUUCUAUAUAGAAAUAUAAAGACAAAUAUAUAAAAGAAUGAUAUAAAUAUAUUUACAUGGAUUGCUUGGUGGGAUCUAUGCAUGAAAUAUUUUAAAGCACCGAGAAAGACCCCGAGCUGUAAACUCCCACAGCUUAUUUGCAUUUUUAUUUUUUUUAUUUUUGCUCGCUUAAAAUGCCUACAAUAGCCUUCAAUAGCCCCAGUGGUGUUUUCAUCAGCAUUAGCAAAAGUAACAUCCUCCUCAGUCUGACCACUUUAUAGGAAGGUAUCCUCCCACCACAUCAAGAAGGAAAGCUAUCGGCAAUAUUCUUUCAAAUGAUUUUUAACAUUCAUAUGCAGUUGUUGGUGCUAUUAUUUGACCAUCAGCCUUGUAGUGGCUCUAACAGAACCGGGCAGUUGCAUAAAUAUGAUGCUUUUACACCUCAACUUGUCUUUCUCUCUCUGUAGCCUCUCUAGUUCUAUCUCUGUCCUCGCUCUUUCAGUUAAACAUCAUUUGCUUUCUGACAACCAAGUUUAAAAAGCAUCUUUUUGUGUGUGUAUUUGUGCGUGUGCACACAUAAAGCGUGUGUUUUCUAGGAAAUAGCUAGGUGUCCUGUGUAUUUUUGUUUCUGUGAAUGUGUGAGUUAAGAGUAUACGUGACAGAGAGGCACAACAAGAGAGAGAAAAGUAGACUUCUGAGUUAGUUCAAUUCCAAUAACACAAAAUCUGUGGCUCUCUAUCAUUCCUUCAGAAAAACAUACCUGGCUUUGGGCCAUUUUACAUACAAAAUAAUUGUAUGUUGUGCUAUAGGUAAAGACUGGAAGCACCUCAUAACAUCAGUUUGAUGUGUUUAUCCACAUCUCUACAUUAUCUCACAUCUAUCUGCACCACACACCUGACCUUUUUGGUUACGACAAGCACAGCAAAUAGUAGUUGCGGAAAACCAGAUCUAUAUGUAGACAUAUCUUACAGAUAGUUUCUCCACUAUAAGUGUUCAGCUGAAAGAACAAAUGGCUCAGAAUCACUAGAUAGAAUCUGGGGAAUUAACACAGUCACUUAUGUUCUGUUCAUGCCUUGUUAGUCAUAUUUUUCUACCACUGCUGUGUGUCACAGGAGGAUGACCGUUUAAGUCAGGAAAUGUCUCGCUGUUGGUUUAGAUUGCCAGUGUA